GUGUGUGUGUGUGUGUGUGUGUGUGUGUGUGUGUGUGCGUGCGCGCGUGUGUGUGUGUUUUGUCCGCCAAAGUGUGAAAGUAGCGACUGCAAAGAAAGAAGAAGGAGGUAAAGAGAUCCCCCUCUGUUUUUUCUAAGGAGGACGUCAGAAACCCGGUUGGGCAUCUACGCGGGCUGGACGCAGCAGCAGCAGCAGAAAGCAGCGGAGAGACUCUGAGCAGCGAGGACGACGAGCGGGAUGCGCACACGGGCGAGACAAUUGUAGCAGUCCUGGCGUGUGGGGAGGAAUAAAGCGCAUAAGGAGAGAAGCAGGAUUUUACUCGUGGGCUCGACAGCGUCAGUGUUUUCGUGGGCAGUCGUGAGGUGGGAGGAAAGCGACACGGUGAGCAGGCUACAGGUGAAAAGGUAGAAAACAUGAUGCGCUCUGGCUGCUGAAUCGCUGCUGUUUCCUUCUUACUUUCUUCGGCGCAUCUUAAAGGAACACAGUGAAAUAUUUUGGGGAAGAUUCAUUAAAGCAAAGGAUGGCCACGAUCCGACUGGCGCUGCUGCUGCAGGUGGGCUUCGUGAUUGGGUCCAGUUAUGGGUAUAUGCAGUGGUCGCCGCGAGACCGAGGGGUGGUGAGUAAACAGCCUCUCCGCAAGCCCCCCGACCGCUGGGGUGUUCGGUGGAACCGGGACGUUGACGAACAGCAGCGUCCAAGUGUCGUCACGGAGUUCCUGCAGACGGGAGACUCCUCAGCGCUGCGCCACGCGAACUGCUCGGGCAGGUACGAGCUGAGCGGGCAGCGCGGCCGAUCCCGGACGAGCCCCCACCGGGUCGUGCAUGGCGCGCUGGAUGCCGUCACUCACGCAUCCACUUUCCUCAGCGCUUUACUCCGGGCCAACAGCACGCGUGAACAGAGCCUCAGGCGGGACGUCGAGUGGUACCGGGCGCUGGUCCGCAGCCUCCUGGAGGGCGACGCCAGGAUCCACCGCGCCGUCCUCGCCUUCAGCACCGGAUCUUCUUUCUCCUCUGCCUCUGGCUCUCACGCACCCCACAUCUUCCUGCAGGCCACGCGUGCUGGAGGGGAAAUUGUCCUGCAGGAUCUGUCGGCCACCACAGCACGCCACGGUUUGCAGAACGAGACAGCCAAUACAGCGUGGUACCAUGACCACCGUGGCAGAAAGAGGACCCGCUCCCACGAGCGAGGGACAAAUCGGGAUUCCGCAUCCCAUGAUGACAAACGGGGGAAUGGGGAGAAUUAUGUCAUUGACAAAACACACGUUAGGUGGUCAGCUCCGUACUUGGAGUGCGAGGAUGGCAGUUUCAUCCCCAGGUGGCUUUUGACCUUGUCGGCGGGCUUCUACGGACUGAAGCCCAACCUGACCCCGGACUUCAGGGGAGUUGUUCGGGUGGAUGUCAGCCUACAGGAUGUGGAUAUCGAUCAGUGUUCCACUGAUGGCUGGUUUGCAGGAACUCACAGGUGCAACCUGACCAGUAUGGAGUGCCUGCCCAUCCCAGGUCAUGGCUUCGUGCUGGGCAAAUACAAAUGCCAGUGCAAGAGUGGCUUCUACCACCCGAACAGAGUAGCCAUCAAUGGCUUCAAGAGGAAGGCUGGGAACUUGCAGGACCCUGAGGGUCUUCCGUAUGAUGCGGAUGCCCCCAGCCACUGUCUGGCUUGCCAGGAGGGCUGUGCUUUCUGCAAAGAUGACACACCCUGUGUUGCUCAUGGCGACAGCUAUCUGAGCAUCACUGUGCUGUCCUUCCAGGGCAUCUGCAUGCUGCUGGACUUCAUCAGCAUGGUGCUAGUUUACCACUUCCGCAGGAACAAGAGCAUCAGAGCUUCAGGCCUGGUCCUGCUGGAGGCCAUCUUGUUCGGAGCCCUCCUUCUCUACUUUCCCGUGAUGGUUCUGUACUUCCAGCCCAGCGUGUUCCGCUGUAUCCUGCUGAGAUGGGUGCGCAUGCUCGGCUUUGCUACAGUGUAUGGAACAAUCACGCUCAAACUGUACAGGGUGCUGAAGGUGUUCCUGUCUCGCACAGCUCAGCGGAUCCCAUACAUGACCAGCUGGAAGGUCCUGCGGUUGCUGGGGAUCAUCCUGCUGAUUGUGCUCUGGUUCCUGGUGGCCUGGACUUCAGCUGUGUGUGAGCACCCAAACCGACAUCUGGCCCUGAUCGCUGUGGGCUUUACUCCAGAGGACCUGCAGUUCAGCAUGUGCCUGCUGGACCGGUGGGACUACAUGAUGGCAGUGGCUGAGUCCCUUUUCCUGUUGUGGAGUGUGUACCUGUGCUAUGCGGUGAGGACGGUACCCUCGGCCUUCCACGAGCCUCGCUACAUGGCCAUUGCGGUGUUCAACGAGCUCAUUAUCUCAGCUGUAUUUCAUGUGGUCAGAUUCACUCUCGCCCAGGAGUUGCACCCUGACUGGAUGCUUAUGCUCUUCUUCGCUCAUACGCAUUUAACAGUGACGGUGACACUAGGGCUCUUACUCAUUCCAAAGUUCCUGUUUGCGGGGACACACCUAAGAGAUGACAUUGCGACUGAGGCAUAUGAGGAUGAGUUGGACAUGGGGCGUUCUGGGUCAUACCUGAACAGCAGCAUCACCUCUGCAUGGAGUGAGCAUAGUCUGGACCCAGAGGACAUCCGGACACCAGACGAAAUGGGCCAGCUCAGUUCUAUUAAUGGCUGUGGCGUAAGGUCUUGCGACAGUCUUUGGGAAAAACGUACCAACGAAGAGUUAAAGAAGCUCUAUUCCCAGUUGGAGAUCUACAAAAGGAAAAAGAUGUUGGCCAACAAUCCACACCUGCAGAAGAAACGCAGCUCCAAGAAAGGCCUGGGACGAUCCCUCAUGAGACGCAUCACUGAGAUCCCAGAAACCAUGGGUCGCCAGCAUAGUCGUGAGGACAAAGAGUUGGGUGACCAUGGUAGUAACCGCAACAGCAUCUGUGCCCUGAGGAAGAAUCCUUUUGACCCAUCGCAUUCAGCAAAGCCUGCCAAGGAAGAGUCUCUAAAGAGCAAAGUCUUUUCCCUGAAGAAGUCUCACAGCAGCUAUGACCAUGUGCGAGACCAGAGUGAGGACUCCAGCAGCUCAGCAACUGACAAGAUGGAAGUGUCCACCACAGAGGCAUCUCUUCUUGAAACGUUGAUGGGGAAGAAACUGGUAAAGAAAAAGUCAUCUGAGAAAAUCGAUGCUGCCAGUGAGUCCACUGAGUCAGUUCCCUUGGUGUGCAAGUCAGCCAGUGCUCAUAAUUUGACAGCUGACAAGAAACCCCUCCACCCUCGAACAUCUAUGCUACAGAAGUCCCUCAGCGUUAUUGCCAGUGCCAAAGAGAAGACACUGGGCCUGACCGGAAAGACCCAGAGUGUAGAAGAUCCUAACAAGAAGGUCCAACAAAAGAAUAAAGAGGCUAAAACCCCCAUAGAGAAUGAAGAAAAGGAGGGCUAUAUGAAGAUGAUCAUCAGUCAGUCUGUGGAGUACAAGCAGACAGCUGCCAAGACUGGAAUAAUGAAGCAUCAGGUUAGUGGGAGCCAACCCUCCAUCUGCUGUGACCCUAAGGGCAAGGAUACUUUUGAUCUUUCGGAGGUAUGCCCCUGGGAAGUAGAAGAUUUACCCACUCCCUCAGAGAACAAGGUCCAAAAGCAUGUAUCCAUUGCUCCAGAUGAGACCACAACAUUCCACGGGAGUAGCACCAAGGCAGCCAAACAACAGCAGCAGAAACAGAAAGGCACUGACCAGUCACCCACGGUUCCUCAACGGCCCAACCAAAAACCUGUGGACAGAGCAGAAAUCUGUCCUUGGGAAGAAGGUAACAAUGAAAGGCAGGGUCAGACCGAAGGGUCAAAGUCGAAUUCCAACAGUCAACCCGCAAAAUCCCAAACACUGGCAUCUGGAGACAGUACCAAAUCUCAAAGAGCGGAGGUUUGUCCAUGGGACUUUGAGGAGUUGCCAGCCAAAUCAAUAGACUCUGCCUGUUCAUCUGACCAAGACAGGCCCAAAAGCAUGUCUGCAGAGGUCAAAGGCAAAACAGGCACCACUCUGACGGAAGUGAAAAGCAAGGGAAGCACCCCUGUAGAGGGCAAAGCAAAAGAUGCUCUCCCCGAGCCUCCCAAGCCUUCAUGUGGGUCACUGCAGCUUCCUUCCAAGGAAGAAAUCUGUCCAUGGGAUUAUGAAACAAUAAGCCCCACCUCUGACAAGAUGCCCAGCCCCUCUCAGGUUUCGAAAACAAAGGAGAUUCCUGGAGCAAAGAAGGGUACUACAUCUCUGAGAACAUUCCAGAAAGAGAAGGAAAAGACGAAGGGUAUGGAUGAUGAAAAAGCCAAAACAAAGUCUAAGGACAAGCCUACUUCGGGUAAAACAACAGAGAGACCUCUUAGUCAAGCUAAACUGGCUGAGGUUUGUCCCUGGGAUGUGGAUAGUAGUCAGGAAGUGGGUGCGGUCGAAAAGCAAAAAAGUCCAAUAGGGAAAAGCAAGCAAGCUGAUGUAUGUCCAUGGGAUUUUGAGGAUGCAGCACCGACUAAAGAAGUGAACAGAAGUACUGGUUCCUCCAUAGCAAAACAGAAAAGUGUGAAUUCUAAAGGGGGAGUUUCUGGCGGUGCCGGAAUGGCAGAUGUCUGCCCAUGGGACUUCGAUGACCAAACGGCAACAAAAAAGGCAUGACACUUGACCUACCUGGACCAGUAAAUGUAGUUCUCAUUGUAUGUGCAUUGUGUCAUCUAAUAAAACCCUGGAUUACAAACUCUAGAUAUAAUUUAUGGUAACUUGGGGGAAUAAAAUCAAGUCGCACAAGCUGCCUUUCUUUCCAAUAUUUUUUUUUUCCUUUGUGCUUUUUGAGAAAAAAAAAAGAUGAAAAUGAAACAACAAAAAAAAUGCAACAAAUCAUUAAGCAUUCCAGAUUCUUACAAAAUACUUGUUGAAACUUUAAAUACAAACAGUAGUUUGACAAUUAUGCAACUCUUUAUGUGCAAUGUAGAAAAACCUGCCUAUACUCAUCACUUGUAUCCCCAUUAAUUAACCAUUUGAAUUUUCCUAUCGCCAUACUAGCUGCAUCUGUAGCAUGGUCUUCUUGACUGUGUCGGUCAUAUGAGAUUGUACAAUUCCAAGUUUUUGCAGAAAUAGGGGGGGCUUGACAUCAUCUAUGUAUUUUAACAGUACUCAGAUGGAGUAUGCAUGAACUGUUUUAGGAUAAGCAUGAUCUGUGGUGUUUUAAGUCAAAGUCGGGUUGACAUUAAGGAAUCGCCAAAGACUGAGGUAACAUUUGGAGGUAUCAUCUGAGUUAUACGCAAGAGAACUCGAACACAUAACAGGAUCUCCCUACGGUUCUGUUGUGAGCCCAGUUCAUGUGGUUGUGUGGGGAAAUUAGCCUGUAGCACUUUAGUAACUAACAUAUUCAAUGACUAAAAGAGGUAUGUAUGUAUAUGGAAGACAUGCUGUAAUUGCAUUCAUGUUAGUCUAAUUAUUUGUUUUGUUUAUAUAGUUCUCACACUGCAUAUCUGCCGUAUAAUGUAGACUAACAUUUUUAAGAACCCCCUACAUCUAAAAACCCUUGCAAUGCUUCCGAAUUUGCUGGUAUGUAUUACUGAAUGUGCCUAAUUGAAGAGUCUAAUAUCAGUCCUGGGUUGUAUUGGGAAAAGCGCAGAAUUUGCCCUGUCUUGUUCUCACCCACCUGUAAUGACUGCAGGCUGAUGUGCGGAAAUCAGAUUUAAACAUAUUUUUAAACUGAUGAUAAUGUUUAACUGCAUUUGCGCUCUGGACAUAUCAAGAUAUAGCAUCCCACAAUUCAUUUUUAAGAAAGAUCAGUGAUCCUUUUUUAAAAUGUAUUUAUUGUUUAUAACAGUAAAUUAACUAAUUACAUGGCUAACGCAGCUUAUUUAAUAUUUUGGUCCCGCUCAAUAUUAUGUUACUAAUAACUGUGUCAUUACACAUUAACAAUACAUGCAACGGCAAUGUAACUACUGGUGAUGUGUCACUGUUACAGAUGGAUUACAGUGGCACAGUUUAAGUAAAUACAUGUGUAUCAUCAGUUUUGACUCAUGUAAUUAUGAAAAUGUGUCUUCAUAGUUACAAGAGCAUAGUUUCUCUGUUAUGUAACUACACAUGUAUAACAGGCUGAACUGCAGUUUUUCCCAGUACUUACACUACAUCUGCGCAGGAAAUGCUACAUUUCCUAGCACUUAGCUAGCUGUAGUAGUAGGCACUGUAGCAUUGUAACUUAACCAAAUUUCUAGCUUAAACUAGGGUUCUUAAACUCCUUUUUCUCUGAGGGCGUCAAAGGGUUUCAAAUAUUUUUUUGCCAAACAGUAGAAAUGCGUGGGACUCUUAUUAUGACAACGUUGGCUUUCCUGCUGAACAUGAGUGAAGUGACUUCCCAGUGUGAUCAUUUAGUUCUGAUGUGCUCUGUCAUGAAUGAAUCCACAGCGGCAAAUUUAAUUAACAACCAGUCUAAAAUUAGAAUAAAAGUCAUCUUAGGAAAAACGCACUCCAGCUUCAUGUUGUACCAGGGUUUCAUUUGAAGAGUUCCUCUUGCAUUUUGCAUUCCAUUCAGUCUGAGCUGGUUUUAUCUAGCUAAGGUGGGGUCACCACAGCGCUGGUGGGUGAAGCAAAUCUUACUGAUGUGAAUAUUUAACAGGCGAAAAACUAUUUUUCCUAUCCUAUUUGCAAUAACACAAAUUUCACAGUCACUAUGUAAAAGUUACACUUUUAAUAAUAAGCGGCGCAGUUAUUCGACUAUUUACACACAAUAUGUUAAUGAGCGUGUGUUGCUCUCAUGAGCAUGAGAAAUACUAGGGACUAAAAAAAAAAAAACAAAUAUCUAGAACUUAAUGUUUUCUUGUUUUUGAUUUAAAAACAGUGAUGCCUGUUUGAAUCAUUUAAAAAGUCCUUUUAAAUGUUAUUUAUUUAUUUUAAGUAACAUUUUCCAACUCAAGCCACCAAAUUCUCAUUUCUGCAACACGAUUUGAAAGUAAAUCUUUCCAUGGUUUUUUUUUCCCCAACUUUUUUCUUUAUCUCCCUUAUUUUUAAACUAUUGUAAAGUGGAUUAUCCAUCCAUCCAUCCAUUUUCUAAGCCGCUUCUCCGUCAUGGUCGCGGGGGGUGCUGGAGCCUAAAAGCGGAUUAUUAAACAUGUAUUUUAAAAAAUAUAGUAUUUUCCAGUUUGAUCUCAUUCCAGCAACACGUCGACCGUUUAAAUGAUUACAAACUAUUUUAUUCUAAUUAAAAAAUAAAAAAAAAGGAAUGUCAGUAAUGAGAAAGCGAUACGUGGACACGUUGCGGUAACGAGAACCGGGAUAAAAAAAAAAGAUGAAAACUUAUAUGUAGUAAAUAUAGUAAAACUGAAGAAUUUCCCAUUAAAAGCUCCAGUUAAUCUACUAAAUUAUACGAAUGUUGUCCAUCGGCAUGACGAUCCUAAUUCUAAGAAAUUCUUACAGACGUGGUUUAACUCAUCUGUGACAGUGAACACAUCAGCACUAGUUACGUUGUUGUUCCACUUACUUGUGUGUAAUUACAUAGUUAUUACAGACACAUAAUCGAAAGCGGGGCUAAUAUUUCUCAUGCUUUGCUUCACUCCAGCAGCAGCCGCUGAAUCUAAAGCGAUGUCUUGAAAAAUCUCUCGACAGCACGUUAUACGCCUGUUCAUUUACAGUGACCUUUCAUGUAAAAUAUACACCAUGGGUCACGAUUGCUGUUGGAAUGUUCGGCUACAUGCUCCGCUUUGUUUCCAGCAUAGGGGCAUUUCGUCAAUGUUACUGAAUCAUGUAAAUUUAUAUAAUUGGCAUGAACUGUUUCACAGUAGGACGCCUAGUAUUGAUGACUCCUGAAGUGCUUGUGAUGACCUUUGGGGUCAUGACGAAAUGGUCCAGUCCCCAGAGUAAUGCGAAUAGCUGUGCUCGCUAAAUGUGGUCACAAAUUGUGUCUAUUGAAUAGGAAAUUUCCAUUUUUGCUGUUGGUCCAUCUUGUGUAUAUAUAUCUUUUAUGUACCAAAGAGGGGAAAAAAGAACUUACAGACACUAUAUUUCUCAAACACUCCAUAAAAGAGGUAAUACGAUGCAUCUGACGCCCAACUCUCUGCCGCGAGCUGUACUACGUCUGCCAGCGACCCACAGCGGUCACGUCUGAAACGUGUGAGAGGUAGUAUCGGCCUGUAUAUGUGUACGAGCUAGUGCUGUAUUGGCUGCUGAGGUGUAGCCUGAGAAAUAAAAAGAUGUGCCCCCCCCACCCCGCCCAGAUUUAUCGUAAUGGCUUUUAUAUCCCUUCUAUAUUGAUGAACCUAGGGCAUUAUCUGUCACCCAUAUUGGUUCUGUGUUUCUGGCUCAUGUGAAGAGUUUUAAAAAAAAGAAAUAAAUAAAAAAAAAGGCCCCCCGUUCUCUCGUCCCCCCAUAUACGAGUAAACCGCUCCAGUUUAUAAGCAGAACAGAACCUCUGUCAGUGUGGUUAUAGCUGUUCUUAGUGUAUUGCUAGAUGGACGUGUGAAAUCUUGCCAUCAUCGUCACGUAGAGAAUGUUUCCGGGAAUGGUCGUCGUUUCGUAAUUGCAUCUUAACUAGCGUCCCCGAGUCUGUCCACCGACCCACAGCUCCUGAGUUUGACCCUGUGUUGUACGGUGUGAGCGCUACACCCGUGUGACCUGUCCUCACUCGUUUACAUUGUCUUAGUGCAACGUUUAGUUUACGAUGUUUGCUUUUCUUUCGUCCUCUGUCCUCUGCGCCACCUCCCCGAAGUGAAAUCUGUUCUUUCGUUCGGUUACGUUAACUCGGCCCCUCUGUGCGUGACUCACCAUCGUCACCUGUUGGGCAAACACUACUACUACCACUUAACGCUGUAAUGUCUUAACUAUCGCUCUCGUGGCUUCUGCAUGAUAAGAUGAAACUAGUAGGACUGAUGUUACACUGCCCUUGAUAGAUCUUAAAAAAAAAAAAAAGAGAAAUAAAUAACCUUUGGUCUUUUAUGGACUGUUACAAGUUGUAUAGU